AUGUUCUUCACUCGCUCUCUCGCCAUUGCGGCCGCCGUCGGCGCUGCCUCGGCUCAGUUGAAGACUUGCUCCAACAGCAACAACACCUUGAGCUGUCACAGCAGCUCCAAGUCCCCUACCUGCUGCUUCAGCUACCCCGGUGGUGCUCUGCUGCAGACCCAAUUCUGGGACACCGACCCUGCAACCGGCCCCUCUGACUCGUGGACCAUCCACGGUCUGUGGCCCGACAACUGCGAUGGCACCUACCAGGCUAACUGUGACUCCUCCCGUGCCUACACCAACAUCACCGCCAUCCUGAAGGAGCAGGGCAGAACCCAACUGCUGUCCUACAUGGACAAGUACUGGGUCGACAUUAACGGCGACAACGAACAGUUCUGGGAGCACGAGUGGAGCAAGCACGGCACCUGCGUCAACACCAUCGACCCCAGCUGCUACACCAACUACCAGCCCCAGGAGGAAGUGGGCGACUACUUCCAGAAGGUCGUGGAUCUGUUCAAGACCCUUGACAGCUACACGGCGCUGUCCUCGGCUGGAAUCACCCCCGAUGACUCCAAGACCUACGACCUCAGCGACAUCGAGGAUGCUCUGGCCAAGAUCCACGGGGGCCAGAAGCCCUACGUUGGCUGCGAGAGCGGUGCGUUGAACCAGCUCUACUACUUCUACAACAUUGGUGGCAACGCUAUCACCGGCCAGUACAAGGCUGCUGCCCCUCUGGAGAAGUCCAACUGCCCCAGCAGCGGUAUCAAAUACACUCCCAAGAGUGGCAACUAA